AUGACAACGGCAGCAUUACCACAGAUAAAUAAUUCGGCAUUAACGACUCAGCAACUGAAUUUACUUAGCACAGCUUCAGCAGCGGUAUCAACCCAUUUGACUGGAAAUAAAAUAUCGCCGAUCUGUUCCACUUCGGUAGUAAUGUUUAAUUCUGGAUGUCAGCCACUACAGCAGCAUAUAAAUUUAACCAGUCAAUAUAACCAGCCAAUACCAAUGCUCCCAUCAGCUACGAAUACAUUCGAAGGCAUCCCAAUAUUCCUUCUCUCUCAGUCGUCUUCAAGUUCUCCCACAGGCGCUUUAUACUACAAUCCAUAUCAGCGAUCUAUCACCGAAUCGAGAGCAAAUAUGUGUCCAAGAAGUCAGUCACCAAAAGUGAACACGAAUAAGAAUUUCCAUGUAUUUGUUGGCGACCUUGCGACCGAAGUAGACAGUUGUACGCUGAAAGCAGCCUUUGAAAGUUUUGGAGAAAUUUCUGAGGCCAAAGUGAUCAGAGACCCUCAAACACUGAAAUCUAAAAGUUAUGGCUUUGUGUCAUUCGCUGUCAAGGAAAAUGCGGAGAAAGCCAUCGAAAAAAUGAACGGUCAGAUGAUUGGACGACGACCAAUACGUACAAACUGGGCAGUACGCAGAUUUGAUGGGGGCGAGGAGUAUGCCAUGAAGCCACCGACAUACGAUAAUAUAUUCAACGCAACCCAUGCUACCAACACAUCCGUCUAUGUAGGCGGCAUUUCGCCUGCUACCACAGAUGAAGAACUUAUGCAACCGUUUUCCGCAAUUGCUACUGUCACCGAAGUGAGAUUAUUCAAACAACAGGGAUAUGCAUUCGUACGAUAUUUGACUAAGGAUGCUGCCACUCGAGCCAUCAUGUUUAUGCACGGAAAAGAGAUAAACGGUCAGAAAAUAAAAUGCAGUUGGAGUCGAACAGUUACGGAAAAUAAGGUAAUUAUAUUUUGA